AGCGGCUUUGCCGGCCUGAGACUCCCGAUAUAUCCACAGGAACCCAUUAUUCAGUCCAUGAACGCGUUGCUUGCCUGCAUCGGGCAUGUGCGUUUAUUCCUCCCGAAUCAUAUGAAUUCUCAACGCAUAUCGUAUUCUCUCCGGUUCUAUUGAUUUCAUUCCGCCAUCAGACCAUCGAAAACGGCCGCCGUUUGAAACCGCGUAUAAAUAAGGCUGGCUUCUUCCCGCUGAAGUUCUAUACUUACUCUGCCAUUUGCCAUUUUCAUCUCAACCGUGCUGCAAUAUCGCUAUCAAACUUGCCCCUUGGCCACCCCUUCAAAUAUGGGAUCCUCCUUGUGUUUCGAUAGCACAGCCGCGACGUCCGAGAAUGGCGAAAUUAUGCCCUCCGUGUUGGGUCCGGAGUACUACGGCUUCGACCAUAUCACUUGGUACGUGGGGAAUGCGAAACAGGCAGCGUCAUAUCUCAUCACGCGCCUGGGCUUUAACCCAGUGGCAUAUCGCGGCCCAGAGACAGGAUCUCGCGCCUUGGUCUCGUAUGUCAUCGCAAACAGCGGUGCCACUUUCGUUAUGACCUCUCCGGUUUGUGGGAAAUUGGCCACGGAUGAAAUAAGUAAAUUUCAGAUAUCCGUCAGGGAGCAAGCCCUGCUGGAUGAAAUUCACAACCAUUUGGAAAAACACGGGGAUGGGGUAAAGGAUGUUGCUUUUCGGGUAAAUGCAGACGUUAAAGCUAAGUGGGAGAGAGCUGUGGCUAAUGGCGCCGUUUCUGUGGUGAACCCUACCAUAAUCGGCGGCGACGAGCCUGGGAGCGGGCAAAUAGAGAUGGCCACAAUCAAGUCGUUUGGAGACACGACACAUACCCUCAUCAACAGGGACCAUUAUAAGGGAUGCUUCUUGCCUGGAUACGUGCGAGUGGAACAAGGGGACUCGAUCAACGAGCUUCUGCCUCCGAUUGACUUCAUCGAAAUCGACCACUGUGUCGGGAACCAGCCGUGGAACGGCCUGGACAUGGCAGUGAAAUUCUACGAAGACUGUCUUAAUUUCCACCGUUACUGGAGUGUCGAUGACAAGUCCCUGUGCUCCGGAUAUUCCUCCAUGCGCUCCAUUGUUGUCGCGUCGCCCAAUGAGGUCAUAAAAAUGCCCCUAAACGAGCCAGCAGUGGGCAAGAAGAAGUCCCAAAUCGAAGAAUUCGUCGACUACUACAACGGCUCAGGAGUGCAACAUAUCGCCUUCCGCACGAACGACAUCAUCACCGCCAUAACCAAUCUCCGCAAAAGGGGCGUCGAGUUCCUUUCUGUGCCCGCGGCGUACUAUGACGUUAUACGCGCCCGUCUCGCUGCCAUGAAUGCCGGUAACACAGGGGUCCAUGGCGAUAAAAAAGGAAACCUAGUCAUCAACGAAAGCAUAGACACAUUGCAGGCGCUGAACAUCUUGAUAGAUUUCGACGAGCAAGGGUACCUGCUCCAGAUAUUCACGAAACAUGUGCUGGACCGGCCGACGGUGUUUUUCGAGGUGAUUCAGCGGAAUAACUUCGAUGGGUUUGGCGCGGGGAAUUUCAAAAGUUUGUUUGAGGCGUUUGAGAGGGAGCAGGCAGCGCGGGGAAAUCUUUGAGUCAAUAUGGUUAUAUUUGCACCUCCGCUUUGUUUCCUUUUUGGGUUGGGAGACAUCUGGCUAUGGUGUGAGAUGGAACUACCAGGUAGGGAAUAGGAAGGAACAAUAGUAGUUUAUUGCUACUAAUAAAAACGAAAACAAAAACAAAAGAGAGAAAGAAAGCAAGAAAAAGAAAAAGACAAAAAGGAAAAGUGAAAAGAAGAAAAGAGGAGUAGAGAGAAGAGAUGAGAAGAAAGAGAAUAAUAGAAUAGAAUAGAAAAGCG